AUGAGUGCAUACUCUUUCUUUCAGAGAGCCUCCAAGGCUUAUCACGAUCACCCCACCCUGUCCAAGCUUCUUAUUGUCUGCACUGUCAGUGGUGGAGGUCUAGUGGCAUUUUCUGAUGCCAGACCAUUUAAGUCUAUCUACUCGAAUCAAGUUCAAGGUGAAUGCAAUAAAAAGAAGGUGGUGGUGCUUGGAACUGGUUGGGCUGGCACCAGUUUUUUGAAGAAUUUGGACAACUCCUCAUAUGAUGUUCAUGUGGUGUCUCCUCGUAACUAUUUUGCCUUCACUCCUUUGUUGCCUAGUGUCACAUGUGGAACAGUGGAAGCUCGCAGCAUUGUUGAACCCAUUCGCACAAUCACUAAGAAGAAAGGCUACGAUGUCCACUUCAAGGAAGCUAAAUGCUACAAGAUCGAUCCAGAGAAGAAGAAAGUUCACUGCAAAUCUAGCCAAGACACAGAUUUGGGUGGGAAGGAAGAUUUUGCUUUAGACUAUGACUACCUGGUGAUAGGCAUGGGAGCCCGAGUGAACACAUUCAACACCCCCGGGGUUGUGGAGCACGCCCACUUCUUGAAGGAAGUAGAAGAUGCUCAGAGAAUCCGUCAGACGGUGAUCGACAAUUUUGAAAGGGCGAGCCUUCCUGGUGUAAGUGAAGAAGAGAGGAAGAGGAUUCUGCAUUUUGUAGUUGUUGGUGGCGGUCCGACCGGCGUGGAGUUUGCUGCAGAGCUUCAUGACUUUGUCCAUGAGGAUUUAGGCAAGUUAUACCCUCAGAUUAAAGAUGAUGUAAAAAUCACACUCAUGGAAGCAGGGGAUCAUAUUUUGAACAUGUUUGAUAAGAGAAUCACUGCUUUUGCUGAAGAGAAGUUCCAAAGAGAUGGCAUUCAUGUGAGAACAGGAUCAAUGGUUGUAAAAGUGUCUGAUAAGGAAAUCUAUACUAAAGAAAGAGCAACUGGAAAUGUUGUAGACAUACCUUAUGGAAUGGUUGUCUGGUCAACUGGUAUUGGGACUCGCCCUGAGGUGGUGGAUUUCAUGAAGCAGAUUGGCCAGAAUAAUAGGCGUGUUUUAGCUACUGAUGAAUGGCUGAGGGUGGAAGGAUGCGAUGGAGUAUAUGCUCUAGGUGAUUGUGCAACUAUAAAUCAACGCAGAGUCAUGGAAGAUAUUGGGGUAAUAUUCAGUAAGGCAGACAAGAACAAAUCAGGUACUCUAAAUCUAAAGGACUUUCAAGAAGUUGUUGAUGACAUCCUGGAGAGGUACCCUCAAGUGAAGCUUUAUUUGAAGAAGAAUAAAAUGAGAAACUUUAAAGCCUUACUGAAGAAUUCUCAAGAGAAUGCCCAGAACCAGCCUAUUGUAAUUGAAAACUUCAAAUCAGCUCUUUCUGCAGUGGAUUCUCAAAUGAAAAAUCUUCCUGCAACAGCUCAGGUAGCUGCUCAACAAGGCGCCUACCUUGCAGACUGUUUCAAUCGCAUGGAGGACUGUGAAAAGUAUCCUGAAGGUCCUCUCCGGUUUAGGGGAGAUGGCCGCCAUCGGUUUCAUCCCUUCAGGUAUAGGCACCUUGGGCAAUUUGCCCCACUGGGAGGAGAACAAACUGCAUUUCAACUUCCAGGAGAUUGGGUCUCUAUUGGUCAUAGCAGCCAGUGGCUCUGGUACUCGGUGUAUGCCAGCAAGCUAGUCAGUUGGCGGACAAGGAUGUUGGUUGUAUCUGACUGGGGAAGGCGAUUCAUAUUUGGAAGGGACUCGAGCCGAAUCUGAGACUAGAAGGGAGCCAUAUGCAACAAAAGAAAUUUGUUUCUAAAGCAUACAUUUUUAUGAUAUAAAGGCAUAGGA